GGACGCCGGCGGCUUGGAUCCCCGCUGGGGCGUCGAGCUCGACGAAGCUGACUUCGUCACCCAGGCUCCAAGAUGUGGUGCGCCAGCUGAGCUGGUCUUCCGCCACCGCCGUGAUGAGGUGUUGUCCCGAGUGCUGUUGCAUGUGGUCAUAGCGGCGGGUCCAGUCCACCUCGAGUGCGACUUCCUCCCCUACGGUGAACGGGGAAUGAACGAAGUGGAUCGCAUGGCCGUUCUUUCGGAACACACGCAGCACCGGCACUCCGUUCGCCGUGCCGCGGUCGUCGGGCUGGCCCCCACCCUCGGGGAAGAGCACGGUAUCUUCGAGUACGAGCUCGUAACCUGCCUGCUUUUCUUUCUUACCGUUGGUUAGGACUUCAAGGAAGGCCGCGUCGCACUUAACGACCUUUGUUUUAAGGUGCUGCAAGUAACUGUCCUUCUGACAGGCGAAAAUCAUCUUCGAAGCGGGUUUAAACGUGGUGAUAGAUUGUUAAUUUGCCCAAAACUUCCAAAACGACCUAAAACAAAAUGUGGAUUGGAUAGCGUUGGAUCCGGCUGACAUAGAGAAACUAGACGUAAAAGUAAAUAUGAUAGAUUGGUAAUCCUCGUAAACCUCCAGGUACAAAAAUAUAACGCAUCGACAAAAUGUAAUAUAUUCUAAAUUAAAUUUUUAAAUCCUUAUUACAUAAUCUCAAGGGGAAUUAAAUUUCGCGAUACAAUUUUGAUUGAUAACGUUCGCCUUCUGGCGUCGUGCCAGCCGCACUGGCCGCGCUGGCCGCACAGGCACAGGCGCGCGCGAAGAUCGUACGAAGUGCCGCUGGUGCCGCGUGUCACGCUGUUCGUGCCUCGGAUGCCUCGGACGAGCGGACAUUUAUCAAGAGCGGCAUCUUAUUCAUCUCAGUUCGCGACGCUGUGAUACGACGGACACACCCGGAUUCGCGUAAGGGGCAAUCAUUCACGCGAUAAAACGACCGCUCUCGAGGUGUCCUGCAGCGCCUCUUUUUAUUCGCGGUAUCUCUCUUGGGUCGUCGCUCCGCGCACUCCAUCGAGCGAGCAAUGGAAACCGAAAACAACCACGGCAAAGUAGUGUACCUGGAUUACAAUGCCACGACGCCAACAGCAGUCGAAGUCCAAGUCUCCAUUUGUGACGCCUUGAAGAAUGCUUGGGGAAAUCCUACGAGUUCGCAUGCUGCCGGGGAUGCAGCACGAAAGCUUACUGACAAAGCUCGCAGCGAUGUUGCAACCAUCAUUGGAGGUAAACCACAGGAAAUUGUGUUCACUUCUGGAGGCACUGAGAGCAACAACAUGAUUGUGCAUUCGUCAGUGAGGCACUUCAAGGAAGUCAAGCACAACUAUGCCGCACUGGCACACUACGACAUCCCUCACUGCAUUACGACUAAUGUGGAACACAAGUCUGUUUUGUUGCCUCUGAAAUACCUGAAAGAAAAUGGGAACACGGACCUCACAAUCGUUCCGGUUUCCAAGUCCUCCGGGAGCGUCAUUGCCGAGGACAUCAUAUCGGCUAUUCGGCCUCAUACCAUUUUUAUAAGUGUGAUGUUGGCUCAGAAUGAAACCGGAAUCUUACAGCCAGUUGGAGACAUAGGAGCUUUACUGGAAGAGGUCAACAGGGAGCGGAAGAAGGAGAGUCUUCCCGAAAUCCUCUUCCACACAGACGCUGCACAAGCAAUUGGAAAAGUGAAGAUUGACGUCGACGCCCUUAAAGUGGACUACCUUUCGAUUGCUGGGCAUAAGUUUUACGGGCCUCGCAGUGGGGCGCUGUACUUUAGGGAAACCAAGCCGUUGUACCCCUUCAUUCUGGGGGCUGGCCAAGAGAGGGGCUACAGGUCAGGCACACCAAAUGUCUGCAUGAUCGCUGGACUUGGCACUGCAGCAUCCCUGGUCAUAAAAGGCCUUGAUGGCUUUCAGCGCAGCAUGAGAGAAUCCAGGGACUACUUGGAAAAGAAGCUUCAGGAUGCUUUUGGCUCCAAGGUUUCCUUCAACCAUCGGAAAGGAGCAGCUGCCCUGCCUAACACUUGCAGUGUCUCAUUCAAAGGCAUGAAUGGUCCAAACAUUCUUUGCAAGGCGAAAUUCGUACAAGCGAGCACUGGAGCAGCUUGCCAUCACACUGCCGAGCCGUCGGAAGUUCUGCUCAACUCGGGAGUUCCCGCAGACAGCGCCCGUGGCACACUACGGCUUAGCGUCGGGAGGAACACCAGCCACGCCGACAUUGACCUUGCAGUGAGGCAUCUCCAAGAUGCUGUGGCUUUACUGCAGAAACCUGGCAACUAAACAUGGAGUUGCGGUACCAUGGCUACUUUACCCCGCCAAUGUUGUCACCACAAUUUUUUUUUUUUUUUUGACAUGCACAUUCAAGUAGAUUUUUAUUUGCAUUUAUUUUGUUUUUGAGCCAUUCGGGUUGAGAUGUAGCUUAGACAAACUUUGGCUAGGUCUUUUGGGGUGGUCUUAGAUGAUAAACAAGCUUAUUUUUGUUUUAAUUUCACUCGGUUUGUUUUGCACCAAUUCAGUUUACGCACUGUGUUUCCGCUAGUGAAUACUUUAAAUAAAAAUAAUACUGACUUAAAAAAGAUGUUUUUCUCUUGAACGCAUAAUUUUCUCAGUGCCACAGUGAUAUAGAAUAAAUGGUAUGCACAAAUGAAGUACAAUCUUUUUUUAAGUUGUCUCCAUCUAUUCAACUUCUUGUGCAAAAAUGUUAAUUUGGAGCUCUACUUAAUUGUGGCAUUGAUAUUGUGAGACAGGGACAGUUUGGUCAGAUUAUUUUCUACUACUUAAAGGGGCCCUGCAAUCAUAUUUAAGCGUCUACCUUUUUUGCGGUUUCCACGUCUCUUGGGGUUCGGGCAAGCCAGCGGGCACGGAGAGAAUAACUAAAUAUCAGUGCGUCAUAUUUUAACCGGACGACGCGGAAACCUCCUCCAACGACGAGGGCGACCCGCGGUACCGAAAACGUGCAAAAUGUGACGUCUUUGGUCCUGGGCUUACUACUGGUCAGAGCGGCUAGAAGGUUCUUUUUAGUCGAAAUACGAAAUAUAAGUGGCGCGAACCGUUUCAGUUAUUUAUAAAAGUAGUUUUUGUUCAGUAUUUUAGAUAAAAAAAAGAAACGAAUGCAGUUCAUAAAGUAUGGGAACAAGAAACGACCCGUCGACAUACCCGCCACCAAGCGGUGGAAAAGGCGGCGCGUACUAGAAAGGAAUAGUGGGAUCGGGCGCCGGCACGGAAAGGCCCCGGACGUACGCGGCGGCGCUGCAGUCGUAUGGCCAGGAGGAUCCGACCAGCUAGGAGCGUUCCGAAGGCCUUCGGCGAGAAGCUUUGUCUUGUGGUUUGGCCGUUUCGCGGUAUUGCAGCGCAAAGUAUAGCUCCCAUUCUGAACUGGUCUUUACCCCGUGUUUGCUGUCGUUUGUGGCCAAUGAAGUGUCAUGCCGAAUUAGUAUUUAAUCGUGCAGCAAAUGCAAUGAGAGCCGCUCUGGCUGCCCGCUGCAUACAGCCUAUCCAGAACAAGCUUUAAUGUCGCCCUCUCGCACCGUCGACACGGAGUGCGGCAGCCGUGAGCGCUCGAUGAGCUCACUACUUCUCCUCUAGUUCACGGCCACUCUCAAACGACCAAGGACGUCACGAGGGAGGUUAUUUUUUGCUUGUUUUUGUAAUUUUAAUUUGCCUAUAACUUUUAAAUUAAAGGGAAUUUCGAGAAAAGAAAAGUUUCACUAAGUUACUACGUUCAGUGCGCUCAGAUUAGGUGCAAAUUAAAAAUUAGUAAAAAAGUCAUUGCAGGGCCCCUUUAAGGCCUCUAUAUUUUCUCUUGGAUAAGCUCAUUUGUGAGUUUUCUAAAGUUGUUGAUUUAGUGGUUGUUCUUUUGAGACAUUCAAGUUGGGCAGAGGGAGCGCAAUGAGUGCUGAGAAAAACUGGCUAAAAGUGCAAUCCACAUGGUACAAAGGGCAUUCGUAAAGUUUGUAUUAUAUGCGCCAAAAGUUUUAAAAAGGGGAACAGAAGAGGCAUCAGCGCAAGCGUGCAAACGCUGCUAGGGCGUUGAAAUAAAAAUAGCACUGCUCAUCGAGAAGGUCGAUGCAUGCACUCAUCUGUUUUCUUAUUUGAAGGGAAGUAAUGCCAAGGAGGUUCAUUUCAAGCUGGUGGCGGUGUUUGAGGACAACGCCCCAGUUUAUAACACUGAGGUUAAAAGGUGCAGAUGUUUCCAGGGUGGCUAAACAAGCCUGAAAGCAUUUUGAGGACGACGACCAAGUGAUUGCUGAAGUGGAGCGAAUUCUGAACACUCAAAAUGGGGAGUUCUAUAAGGAUAGCCUUCGGCAGGUUGUGUAUUGCUGGCAAAAGUGUGCGACUUUUGAGUGGCGAAUACAUAGAGAAAGACUUGAACUCGUACCCAAAUUUCAUUGCUGAAUUUUUCUUCCCUCAUGACAAUAAUACAAACUUCAUAAAUGCCCCUCGUAUAAAAUUAUGAAUUAUGUGUUGUGAAUUAUAUGUGCAAUAUCAUUAUCAUUUGUGUUUUUAUAGCACAUACAAACGGGUACUAGUGCAUUGGAAUGUCCUAAUCUGACAUCUUUUUAUUAUUUUAACAGCCUAUCUUUUGUUACAGCCUUAAUGCUCAUCGAGCAUUUGUGAAAUUGUUCUGAUUUGGGAGAGAUGGAGAGAGAAAAACCCUUUAUUCAGCCGCCCAUGUCCGGGCAGAGGUUACUAGAGGGCGAGGCCUUCCGAGGGCCUUGGCAGGUUAAGUCGGAGCUUGGGGGAGUGUUGGCGAGGUCAAGGGGUCUCGCACAUGGGAGAUGUGCAGCGCUAGGCGAAACCAGAGGACAGGGCGGGUCUGCAUUUGAGACAUCUUCCAUAGGAUCAAAGUGAGGGAGCAUAUAUCUUUUGGUCAAUCCACGUGGUGUUUUGGAAAUUUAUAUGGGGUUACGAUAAGCUGCACAAUAUUUUUCCCAAAAUGUCAGCUUGAGCUCAUCGUUGCAUCAGAGUUCUCUGUGCAACGCAACAAAAGUUGACAACUUCAUUUGUCAACAUCUGCCGUGAGCAGCAAGCUUCUUUCAAUCUACAAAAAAUAUCUUGUUACGUGGUAAAUUUUUGUCUUGAGUAUCUAUGUUUGCUUGCGAGCAGAUUUGCUGCAUUUAUGUUGAGCGACCAAUCAACCAGCAAAAAACCUCAAUGUCUGAGAGCGUGUGCUCUUGACACGUGUGAAGACAUGUAAGAAACAGUGCGUCCGUUACCAUUGAGUGCCUUCUCAAUAAAACAAUGUGUAGAUUGAUGUACUUCCUCGUGUUCUCGAUUUUUUUACUGGCCCACAUCAUUAUGUGCAAACCAGAUUUUGAUCCUCCUUCUAAAAACUUGGAUGACCUGUCUUAGGGAAUCCCUAAUCUCAAUACGGCUUUUGUACGUCUUCUGUGCUCUUCGAGUUUAAAGUAUGUCAGCUGUAUCUCCUGUUCUUGGAUGGUAACUUGAUGGUACAAUUAUUUAUUUGAUUCACGGUGCUAAGAACCCUUCGGUGUGCUGACUGCACAAGAGAGGUAAAUGACAACUUAGCUAUUGCAAUUAGCUAUUGUAAUUAGCUAUUGGAAAUUGCUUUGACAUUGCUCGUCCCUUCGGAAUUUGAUGUUGAAAGAAGCAUGUAUUUAUUUACGCAUAUUUCAGUGCCUUCGAGGCCGAGAGAAUGUUUCACAAGUGAAUAGUGGUGUAAAGAAAAGAUACAUCAAAUUGGUAUUAAUAAAAGAAAAAAAAUGAAAUGCAGGUUAUGGAAUUUGAAAGCUGACAAAUUGGUUAUUGUGGCGAUAGAAAUGGCUAGUUUUUUAUCUAUGCUAGUUUUAUCAAUAAAUGAAUAAAAAAUGGUUAGUGCAACAGCCAGAACACCUUUUUGUGGCGGUGGACAAGGUUAUGCCAUUGAAAUAAUGGUAUUAUAUAUGUCCAAAAACACCGUAUUGUCUAUGUUUUCUGGGCAUUAAACAGUGUGUUUAGUAUUGAGUAUGUUACGAAGGUCAAUGCAAAAUGCUGGAGAAGUGUUAAACGUGAUGAUGUGAAUGGUUGAUGUGAAUAUCUGUGCAGAUCGCUUCUGAGCAAAUGGCGAUUAGGACACCUCCCGGUCUGGCACCACAAUCGCAUCAACAGGUGCUAAAGGACUUUACAGACUCCUUUAGCAUUGUUAGAAAUCUUAGCAAAGAGCCAGGUUUUUGUUGAUAUAUUGACAUGGUAUUUGGCAUGUGGCGCCAUCCGGCAUCGGAAGGACGAAGGAGAGUGGGAAGGAGAGCUGCGUGGCGAGAGAGAAGUUCAUUGAGAGCAACUUUCGGACAACUUCUAACCAGUUCGUAAUCCUUGUAAUCCGUUUAUUAAACCCUUUAAACUGUUACAUUCGGCAGUCAAUUCAAUCAGCAAGAGUCAACAAUGCAAUAAGCGAAGACAGUUGGUUACAUUCAUUCACAUAACACCGUCAAUGUUUGACAAAAGAAAAUAAACCUUGGG